UGUGUUUUGUGUUUUGUGUUUUGUGUUUUGUUUCUGAGUUGUUUCCUCUUUCGAUGCACUUCACUCUUUCUUUCUUUCUUCCCAAAAUGUCUUCCAACGAACUCGCUCACCUCGAGCAGCAGGAAAAGCAGGUCGCGCAACUCGUAUCCCGCGUUGCGUCACUCCAAGCGCUGGUCGCUGGCACCAACAAGCAGACUGCUGCUGCGCCGAGCACUCAGGCGACGACUGCGACUGCCCAGCCCGAGAGCGAUGGCGACUCGGCCAUGGAGAAGCUCGUCGCUGAGAACGAGCGCCUCAAGUACCAGCUCGCCAUCCUCAACCGCUCCAUUGCAGAGGAGAAGGCCUCUGGUGCUGGUGCUGCUGCUGCUACUGGUGCUGCUGCUGCACCCGCUGCCGCCGCAAAGGGCGCAAAGGGCAAGGAACCCGCCGCCAAGGACGCUGCUGCUGCUGCCCCUGCUGCCAAGAAGAAGGCCGACAAGCCAUCGCAGCCCGCCUUCCAGCCUGCUCCAGUGCCUACGUACCAGCCUGUGGACCUGUCGGAGGGCCGCAUGGUCGCGCUGUUUGAUCACGUCCGCAACAUGCUCGAGAUGGGCAUCGAGGCAACGUUUCCGGGCAAGGGCUUUGCCAACGCUAUGCUUGUCGGCUCGAACGUGAGCUACAAGUCUGCCGCCGCGCUGACCCUGCUCAAGCGCAUCGACGGGCUCGGCUUCCCGUACAAGACCGCCCACGACAUUGCCUCUGCCAUCCACAAGAACCUGCCCAAGUCGACCCUCCUCGAGUCGUCGCACUUCGAGGUCGACGAGCGUGGCUUUAUCACCGUCGUGGUGCCCGCCAAGCUGCUUGCCACCAUUCUCACCAACAUUGUCGUGCACGGCGUCCUCCCGCCCAAGCAGGAGAAGAAGAAGCGUGUCAUUAUCGACUUUUCGUCGCCCAACAUUGCCAAGGAGAUGCACGUCGGCCACCUCCGCUCCACCAUCAUUGGCGAGUCGCUGUGCCGCCUGCUCGAGUACCGCGGCUUUGAAGUCCUCCGCGUCAACCACGUCGGUGACUGGGGCACGCAGUUUGGCAUGCUCAUUGCCCACCUCAAGGACGAGUUCCCCAACUUCCGCAACGAGUCUCCCCCGAUCGGCGACCUCCAGGCCUUCUACAAGGCCUCCAAGAAGCGCUUUGAUGCCGACGAGGAGUUCAAGAAGCGCGCCUACACCGAGGUCGUCAAGCUGCAAGCCGGCACCGAUGCCGAUGUGCGCCACGCCUGGAAGCUCAUCUGCGACGAGUCCCGCCGCGAGUUUGAGCUCAUCUACAAGCGUCUGCACGUGACCAUCAAGGAGAAGGGCGAGUCCUUCUACCAGCCCAUGAUGCCCAGCGUGGUGGCCGAUCUCGAAAAGCGCGGCUUUGUCCAGGUCGAGGACGGCCGCAAGAUCAUGUUCGUCCCCGACCAGGCCGUUCCCCUCACCGUCGAAAAGUCCGACGGUGGCUACACGUACGACACUUCCGACCUCGCUGCCAUCAAGUACCGCAUCGAGGAGGAGCACGCCGACUGGAUUAUCUAUGUGGUCGACGUGGGCCAGUCGCUGCACCUCGAGACUGUCUUCUCCGCCGCCAAGCACGUCGGCUGGCUCGACCCCGCCAAGGUCCGUGUCGAUCACGUCGCCUUUGGUCUUGUUCUCGGCGAAGACGGCAAAAAGUUCAAGACCCGCUCGGGCGACACGGUGCGUCUCGUCGAUCUUCUCGACGAGGCUGUCGAGCGCGCCAAGGUUGUGCUCGACUCCAAGCGCGGUGGAGACCUUCAGCCCGAGGAGUAUGCCGCUGCUUUGGACGCUGUUUCUUAUGGCGCCGUCAAGUAUGCCGAUUUGUCGACCUCGCGCACCAGCGACUACACCUUCUCGUUCGACCGCAUGCUCAAGCUUGUCGGCAACACUGCUCCUUACCUGCUGUACGCCUACACUCGCAUGUCGUCGAUUGCCCGCAACGCCGGCAUCGACGUGUCCAAGGAGAUUGCCAAGCACCCCUGCGAGUUCACCGAAGGCCCCGAGCUCGCCCUCGCUCGCGCGCUCAUCCGCUUCCCCGAAAUCCUCAACCGCAUCACCGACGAUCUCAUGCCCCACACUCUCGGCAGCUUCCUCUACGAAAUCUGCCAGCUCUACUCGACCUUCUACGAGAAGCUGCGCAUCAUUGAGCACGACGUCGACAAGGCCACCGGCACCAAGACCAUCAAGUCCAUCCACUACCCGCGUCUGGCGCUCUGCGAGGCCGCGUCCCUCGUGCUGAAGCAGGGUCUUUCGAUUCUCGGCAUGGAUGUUGUCGGCAAGAUGUAAAUUGCCAUUCACAUGUUUGGAUGUUUGGGUGUCUCGACAAUAAUAACACAAGCGUCAAAAGCUCUAAUC